AUGGACACCAUCUUAGUCUUCAGCCUAAUGAUUGCAUCCUACGAUUCCAACAAGAACGAUCUCAGAAAGAGCAGCUGCCAAGUGGAACAGCUGCCCAGCUUCUUCCCAGAGGAUGUGCGGAGCAACAGGGAUUUGGUAAUAAGAGUUCCUCCAGAAAUUCACACAGAUAUCAAAGGGGCCCCAUUCAUCCGAAAUCAGACUAUAGCUACCCUGCAGUGCCUUGGCUCCAGGAGGAGAGUGACAGUCCACCUUGUAUAUUCAGAGAGAAGGCCAAAGGUCAAGUACAUUCUGAAGAACCGGCCAGUCGUUACUGAUCUUCCUAGAAACCGCACUGCUUCCCCAAGCUGUCACCUCAGGCCCACGUCCCAGUUUCAGAACGGAUUCCUUCUAACAGCUUUUUUACCAGGGAUCUCACAAUGCAUGGUGUACCCAGCGAAGGACAGAUCUGCUUCGUCAGAGACAGUGCCCAUCACUGCCAUCUCCACAACGCUGAGAAGAAAAGGAGAGGAAACUCUGAGCACUGGGGCUUUCCCCAUCCCUUUAACACAAGACAUAGACGUGUCCUUAAAGAGGAGGCAGAAAUGGAGUAUCAUAGUUAAAGCUCUGAUUGCUGCUACUCUGCUGCUCAGUGGGGCCGCUAUUAUAGUGUUUGUCAUCUUUGAAGUCCCUUGCCCGUGUCAAUGCCUACGACGGCUGUGCCAAUGCCAGUGGCUAUGGAGAAGGGAAAGGAAGGAAGACCAGCAACCCGGGACAACUGAGUCCAAGGUGGACUCUCAGCCUGAGAAGGAAAGUAUUCUUUGUAGAGUCCGACAGGAUGUUCCUAACUCUUCAGCCUCAAAGAAAACAACAGGCACCACUGUAAUCCACCAGACGUACUUCUGAGCUCUGCUUUGCCUGACUCUGAAAGCAGGUGCUGUCUUCGACACCACUGUCUCCUCAUUGCAAAUCAAUAGGCGAUGACACUUGAAGCUCUCACACUCAUC